AUGGACAACAGACACGACUUGGAGAAGACCGUCGAGGUCGGAUACCUCGAGCGAACCGUCUCUGAUGAGUCGGUCGUUUCCCAGAACGAGGCCGCCAUCAAUGCCUUCACUCCUGAAGAGCAGAAGAAGUUGAUCUGGAAGAUCGAUCGUCGCCUCGUCCUGACGCUUGGCUUCAUGUACUGCGUGUCUCUUAUGGAUCGUACCAACACUGGUAUCGCCGUCGUCGCUGGUAUGGGUGUCGACCUUCAGCUGGCCAAGGGCUUCCGAUACAGCACGAUCGUCUUGGUCUUCUUCAUCACAUACGUCGCUCUGCAACCUCCAGCAACCGUCAUCCUCCGCAAGCUUGGUCCUCGUGCCUUCCUCCCUGCCAUCACUUUCCUUUGGGGAGCCACCAUGAUCACCUUCGGAUUCUUGACAUCGUGGACACAGCUCAUCCCCCUCCGCCUGGUCCUUGGAAUCUUCGAGGCGGGCUUCUUCCCGGGCUGUGCUUACCUUCUCUCUUGCUGGUACCCUCGCUACGACCUCCAGAAGCGCUACGCCGUCUUCUACCUCAUCGGCAGCAUGAGCUCCGCCUUCAGCGGAAUUUUGGCGUUUGGCUUCUCCAAGAUGGCUGGCCUCGGAGAUAUUGGCCCUGAGUUCGGACAACACUACGGUCCAACAAAGCUCAAGCCCAACGCUCCGAAAGGCGUUCUUCCAGGAAUCGCUGGUUGGAGAUGGAUCUUCAUCAUGCAAGGACUCCUGACCUGCAUUGUCGCCACUAUCGGCUCCUUCACUAUUGCCGACUUCCCCGAGAAGGCUGCUACCAAGACCAAGGCCUUCGCCAUUCCUUUCCUCACAGAGAAGGAGGCUGCCUUUGUCGUCGCUCGCAUUGAGAAGGAUCGUCACGAUGCCAUCGCCGAGAAGUUCAACCUCGGAACUUACCUCCGCUGCGCCUGCGAUAGCAAGAUCUGGGGAUUCGCCGCUCUCUUCAUGUUGACCACCACUUCGACCUACGCUAUCGCCUACUUCCUCCCGAUCAUUCUCCACGAGUCCAUGGGCUACACUGCUUACACCGCUGAGUGCCUCAUCGCACCGCCCUAUAUAUUUGCGGCAAUCUGGAUGUAUGGCUGUGCCUGGUGGGGAGACAAGCACCAUCUUCGUGGACCUCUCAUCAUCAUGAACGCUAUCCUGGGACUCAUCGGCCUCCCCCUCCUCGGCUUCACCACCAGCCCAGCCGCCCGCUACAUCGGCGUCUUCCUCGCCACCACCUCCUGCAACGCCAAUGUACCCACCAUCCUCUCCUACCAAGCCAACAACCUCCGCGGACAAUGGAAGCGUGCCCUUGCCUCUGCCACCCUCGUGGGCGCAGGCGGUAUCGGCGGUAUCAUCGGCUCGACCGUUUUCCGCUCCCAGGACAAGCCCGGCUACGUGCCUGGUAUCUACACUUGCAUCAUCGCUUGUGCGUUGGUUGUCGUUAUUACGUGCUUGAUGGAGCUCAAGUUCUGGAGGGCGAACAAGCGUGCGGCGGCGGGAGGCAAGAUCAUCGAAGGUCUUGAGGGAUUCCGAUACACUCUUUAG